AUGUCUGAUACGGAAGUCGUCGUGGACGGUGUUGAUAAACUCCAGUUGCAUGGAGGAAAAGACAAGAAACUCUCUAGAAAAGAGUUGAAAAAACUACAGAAAAAGGCCGAAUAUGAAAAAGAAGUGAUGGCAAUGGGUGGACAUGUGGAUCGGCAAGAGGACGACAGUGGCGAGAAGAAAGAAGGUGGUGGUAUUGGAGCAGGCGCAGAACUCGGUGGACAAUUCGCCGUAUCUCAGCAGGCCAAAUCAGUCGCCCAGAUGACGCAACUUGAGAAUGCCGUUGAUAUAAAAACCACUUUGUUGAAACAUAUCGCUGCAAGGAAAUUAGCAAUUCCACCAAAUAUCGACUUAUUGUAUUGUGAACAAGAAAUCGAAGUUGAUAGUACGUCUGCAAUUGAUACGGUUGUGAAAUCUGACAAGCACCGGUUGGCGUUGAUAGAUGAGGAAGCGGAGCUAACGAAAAAGUUAGAGGGUGGUGAUGUUAGUGUUGGUGAACGUCUUAAAGAGAUUAGCGAUGAAUUGAGAAAUAUGGGAGCGGAUGCGGCUGAGCCGAAAGCACGUCGUAUUUUGGCAGGUCUU